AAAUCGAGCAAAUUUGAGGAAGCUUAAUCGCACGCGGAUCUGUCUAUAACACAGACAUCACAAUACCUGACAGUAAAUAUGGCAAUGAGACGAGCGCUGCAUUUUGUUUUCAAAGUUGGCGACAGGGCCAAAACAGCCAUGUUUUAUCGAGAUGUUCUGGGCAUGAAGGUUUUGCGCCAUGAGGAAUUUGAAGAAGGGUGCAAAGCAACUUGCAAUGGGCCUUACGAUGGAAAAUGGAGCAAGACAAUGGUUGGCUUUGGUCCAGAAGAUGACCAUUUUGUCGCCGAGCUGACAUACAAUUAUGGGGUCGCAGAAUAUAAGCUUGGCAAUGACUUUUUGGGGCUCACUCUGCAGUCAAGCCAAGCUGUCAGCAACGCUAAACGUCUGGGAUGGCCUCUCACUGAGGUAGGAGAGGCUCUGUAUCUGACCCAGGCUCCAGGAGGGUAUCACUUCUACCUGGUGGACAAAGAGCAGCCUCCAAAUGACCCUGUGCAGAAGGUUUGUCUUGGCGUAUCAGACCUUCAGAGAUCGACGCAUUACUGGACCACGCUCUUGGGAAUGAAGGUGAUGGACAAAAAUGAGGAAAAGAAAACAGUGCUGAUGGGAUUUGCAGACACACAAUGCAAACUGGAGCUUCACGAUAUCGGUGGGACAGUAGAUCAUGGAACAGCGUUUGGGAGGAUAGCAUUUUCAUGCCCACGGGAACAACUGCCUGACCUUGAAGCCUUGAUGAAAAAGGAAAAUCAGAAAAUUCUCACUCCAUUAGUCAGCCUGGACACUCCUGGAAAAGCCACAGUAGAAGUGGUUAUUUUGGCUGACCCAGAUGGCCAUGAGAUUUGCUUUGUGGGAGAUGAGGCAUUUAGGCAGCUGUCCAUGGUGGACCCUAAGGGGAAUGGCUUACUUGAUAAGGCCAUGGCUGAAGAUAAAAGUGACGAGUGGUUUGCCAAGCACAACAGACAGAAAGCUGCUGCAUGAGAUGAAGGAGAUUGCGCACUGUCACUUUCUCUCCAGUUGAUAUGAUGAUGAGAUGCUGCACCUGGCACCUGUAAUGUAGAUCUUCUUGUAAUGACAGCUCAAGUAUCCUUAGGCUGGCAGUGUGACAUUUAUUUUCCUCUGGAAGCAUCCCAUGAGCUGCUAAUGAACUAACAGCACUUCAGUCAAUUUGAGGGAUAUUGUUCAUCAUAUUUAUCACUCAGGCACAGAAGUGGGCAAAAACACUUAUUUAAUGCAACUUAUUUUUACAAAAUUAUGACAGGUAUCAACAUGACCAUUGGACACUGGUCCUUAUUGCCCCUGCACCAACCGCCUUCUGUGCAUUCACUACUUAGUACCCCUAACUGCUGGAGUAAUACCAUCAUUUUUAUGUGCCAGUUAAUUUGUGGCAAUUUGAUUUAAAAUAAAAAUGUGCCAUGCAAACACAAUACAAAGUAAAAUAAUAAUUGUCUUGAUUGUUAAUUUUCCUACAGGGCCACAACAUGACUUUUAGUGCAGAAGCAGUGCAUGUUCCAUAUAUUUUCAGCCAAUCAAAUGACCAAAGUCCAGUGACAUGCAGUGGAGCUGAAGCUUUUAGGGGUCUGGGGCAGUUGUCUGGAAAUCCUCAGUCUUUUUUUUAUCAUAUGUUGUGAAAUUUGAGUUAAAUGCAGCAUCACUUGGUGAGUAAGCAGGCUGGUUACAUCAAUUACUUCAUAUAGUUAUUGGUUUAAAUCCAUUCAGUAUCAUGCAGUUGCAAUAGUUCAGUCAUGUGGUUGAGUUACACUGAAUCUUAUCCUUUGUAAAAUUACUCAUAAUGUCACUCAUCUGCUUGAAAUAAAACUUAUCUCUAACUUUGUAAAA